UGCCAGGGCUUCAGGGACCAGGAGUACCGUCAGAGGAGACAGUUCUUCGUGGACGUGGCCAUGAGCUACAAGUUCGGACAGCCCAUCCCCCGCAUCGACUACACCCCGGAGGAGGUGAAGACGUGGGGCGUGGUCUUCAGGGAGCUGACCCGGCUGUACCCGACCCACGCCUGCAGGGAGUACCUGAAGAACCUGCCGCUGCUGACCCGGCACUGCGGCUACCGCGAGGACAACGUCCCCCAGCUGGAGGACGUCUCCCGCUUCCUGCGAGAGCGUUCCGGGUUCACGGUCCGUCCCGUGGCGGGGUACCUGUCCCCCAGAGACUUCCUUGCCGGUCUGGCCUACCGGGUCUUCAACUGCACCCAGUACGUCCGCCACAGCACCGACCCGCUGUACACGCCCGAGCCGGACACCUGCCACGAGCUGCUGGGACACGUCCCCCUGCUGGCGGACCCCAAGUUCGCCCAGUUCUCCCAGGAGAUCGGCCUGGCCUCGCUGGGGGCCUCGGACCAGGACGUCCAGAAGCUGGCCACGUGUUAUUUCUUCACCAUAGAGUUUGGACUCUGUAAGCAGGACGGACAGCUGAGAGCCUACGGAGCCGGACUGCUGUCCUCCAUCGGGGAGCUGCAGCAUGCCCUCUCUGGUCAGGCCUGUGUGAAGACGUUCGAUCCGAGGACCACGUGUCUCCAGGAGUGUCUCAUCACGUCCUUCCAGGACGUCUACUUCGUGUCCGAGAGCUUCGAGGAGGCCAAGGAGAAGAUGAGGGAGUUUGCGAGGACCAUCCAGCGGCCCUUCUCGGUCUACUACAACCCGUACACCCAGAGCGUGGACCUGCUGAAGGACACCCGCGGCCUGGAGGACGUGGUGCAGGACCUGCGCAGCGACCUGACCACCGUCUGCGACGCGCUGGGCAAGAUGAACACCUACAUGGGAAUCUAACGCUGCGCUGCCAUUGGG